UGAGCGGCCAUGUGGGUGCUGGAAAUCACACCUGGUCCUCUGGAAGAGCCCCCAGUGUUUUAACUGACAAGCCGCCUUUCUGUCCUUGUUUCCGGUCCCCGUGGAGUUGUCUCUGCAGCAGUGUCACACACAGAAUCACACGUGUGGCCCCGAGGCUUCUUCCACCUGCUGAGACUCCUCUCUACCGUGGGUUCACAGCUUAGUCCUUUGCCCACUCUACCCAGAGGGACAUCAGAUUGUUUCUGUAUUCUGCGGCUUCCACGUGAACAACUCUAAAGUCUCCUUGAUGGCGGAGAUAUGGCUCAGUUGGUAGAGGGCUCCAUGGUCACAAAAUCCUGGUGAGAUUGCCAACACCUGUCAUCCCAGCACUUAGUAGGCAAAAGAACAAGAAGUUCAAGGUCAUCCUCAACUACAUAAUGACUUGGGGCCAACCUGAGAUACAGGAGAUUCUUAGAAAUGCAUAUAUUUGUGUGUGUGCAUGUGUGUAAUUUUUUAAUAUAACAGAGAAACAUUUGAACAUAGGUUUUUGUAUGAAUAUAGCAUUUCAUAUCAUUGAAUUAAAAAAAACAGAAGAAUAAACUGCUGAAUUAUUGUCACUAACCUUUGGUAAACACUUCAGUGAAAGUUCCGGCCCUUUUCAUCGCUCCUCGACCUUUGAGGCCUGUCACAGGCGAGAGGAGUUAACAAGUGACCUAUGCUCUCGACCUCAAUUCAUUUAUCAAGCUAUUUGUUUUAGACAAGGUCUUUGACAGCCCAGACGAACUUUGAAUUCUUAAUCUUCCUAUCUCUAUCUCCCUUCCCAAGUACAGAGGUUUAAGGCCUGGAGGAGGAGACAGAGACACAGGAAGGCUCAGCAGAGGGACAGAGACAACAGAGAGGGAUGCCAGCUGUCAAUCUUCGGGUUUGUCUGCACCUUAGUUCAUGGGCACCGACCACCUACCUCCAGGGGAUGAGGAGCCAUCAUGUCGUCUGCUCGGCCCGCCACUGUGCUGGGUGCCAUGGAGAUGGGACGCCGCAUGGAUCAGACCUCCAGUGCAGCAUCGGUGCAAGCUUUCCUGAAGCGUGGCCACACUGAGAUCGACACCGCCUACGUGUAUGGGGAAGGCCAGUCAGAGACAACCCUGGGAGGCCUAGGGCUCGGGCUGGGCCACAGUGGCUGCAAAGUGAAAAUUGCAACCAAGGCUAUUCCAAUGUUUGGGAAGACAUUGAAGCCUGAUGAUGUCCGGUUCCAGUUGGAGACAUCACUGAAGCGGCUGCAGUGUCCCCGGGUGGACCUCUUCUACUUACACUUGCCAGACCACAACACCCCUAUAGAGGAGACACUGCAGGUCUGCCACCAGCUGCAUCAGGAGUCUGUGAUCCUUCUGUCUGGAGUAAAAGCCAUUGCAUUUCACAUACUGUACUGGAAGGAGGAACACUUCAAGGGCAUCGCUCUGGUGGAGAAGGCUCUGAAAUCCACCUAUGGCGCCAGCACCCCCAGUAUGACCUCUGCUGCCCUGCGGUGGAUGUACCAUCACUCACAGCUCAAGGGCGCCCAUGGGGAUGCGGUCAUUCUGGGCAUGUCCAGUCUGGAGCAAUUGGAGCAGAACUUGGCCUACGUUGAAGAAGGGCCCCUGGAGCCUGCUGUCGUGGAGGCCUUUGACCAAGCCUGGAACCUGUUUGCUCAGAAUUGUCCAAACUACUUCUCCUAAGCUAGAUCUAGUUUGGGGAGGUGUAGAGGUCACUGCCUGUCAGGUUGUGUUCUAGCCUGGCUAGUCUGGGCUGUGAGCUGAGUCAGCUGCUCUUUCCCUUCUCAUCCAGAUCUCUGAUGGUUUUUGUUUUGUUUUGUUUCUUUCUAUUGCC